AUGUGUGCUCUCCAGACACUUCUUAUACUUUGCUCUUUACUUUUCCGUCAGAUUGGGUGUACUUACACCAAUAUCGAGUUGUCGUAAGUUUUAGGACACCUCCACAAUUGUGUAGCUUUCGAAAAGAGACGCACUUCAGAAGCGGCCGGAUCCAGGGCGAAACGCUGACCGCCACCUACUCCCCGUACGGUUCCCAGUCGGCCCACGCAUUCCUCGGUAUUCCGUACGCGCGUGCACCGGUGGGAUCGCUCCGAUUCCGAAAGCCACGUGCACCGCCGACGUGGCAAGGGAUCAGAGCGACGAAGCGAUAUGAGUCGGCGUGCAUGAGCGAUCCGAAGCGGACUUAUAAGAAUGGCGAGGGCGGUCCGAUUUCGGAAGAUUGUCUCUACUUGAAUGUCUUCACAAAUGACUAUUGUAUGGAAGAGAAACGGUGCGCUGUGAUGAUCGUGAUCCACGGCGGAGGACUGCAAUACGAGUCCGCAGCCACUUUUGACCCUCUGAUUCUAAUCAAUAACUUUGUGGGUCAGGACAGAAACAUUGUCGUGGUCACCAUCAACUACCGGCUCGGCGUCUUCGGAUUCGGACAACUGCACGCAGAUGAGGCAGACAAAAAUAUUGGGCUUUUCGGUUGAGAAUUGAUACGCUCCGACAAUAAAAUGAAGAGACCAGUUUCAGACAUUCUGCAAGCGAUCAAAUGGGUUCGAAAAGAGAUCGGCGAGUUUGGAGGGAACAAGGAGAGAAUCACGAUAGCCGGACACUCGGGAGGAGCCGCCCUCGUCUAUUUGGUGUCCACGUCUCCGCUGUCGAAAGGCCUGAUCCAUCAACAAAUCAUCAUGAGCGGACAGUAUCCGAGUCUUUCGAAACUUGCAAACUACAAGGCCACCAGUGCGAUCGCCGUGAAAACCGCAUGUCUUCCCGAAGACGCCGGAUUCGGAAGACUGUCGAAGAGCGUUGUGGAGAAGGUUUGCUCGAUUUUUUGUGUCUGUCUGACGUUGUCGGAAUUCGAACACUCAAAAUUGUCUAUAAACUGAACAGCGUGUGGUCAACGUUUCGUCACUUAUUUUUGGGGUUAUCAGGCUAUGAAAAAAAUGAUUUUUUUCCGUUUUUUUACGUCAAAAAACCCAAUUCAGCCGUGUAAAAAAACGAAAAAAAACGGAAAGCAAACAUACGCUGAAUAGCCAGCCCCAUUAAAAAGCAGAGUUGCCACGGGCCGGGCCGGGCCGAAAUUUUCAAAACUCCGGCCCGGCCCGGCCCGGUUCAAAAAGCGGGAAUCGAUAUUUUGAACUAUUGAUUAAAUAAAAUGUUUGUUUUUCGUAGAACUAACGAAUUUUGCAAGUAUCGAGCAUAAAAAAGAAAUGUAGUUCUCAAAAAUAGUCAAAAAUAGAAAAAAAUAGUAAUGUCGGAGUGUCGUAGUUUUUUUUAAAUUUUGAUCCCCGCAAAAAAAAACGAAAAAAUAGAUUUCCCCCAAAAAUUUGAAUUCGCGCCUUUUGAGCCGGGCCGGGCCAGCGAAUUUUCGGCCCGGCCCGUAAUUUGGCAAGUCUGUUAAAAAGCGGUGCAGAUGAGUCUGAUAGCAAGCAGGGAAGAGUUUUCGCGCAGGAGUUUCCUAGGCCACGCUGUUCUUAGACAUUUCUGAAAGUAGCGAUUUGGAAAGUGAGUCUUUUGAACUGUACCUCAAGUUGUCCUCAGGUCUAUUCGUGUCUACGAGGACUUCCGGCUCAAACACUUCUUGAUGCUCAGCUGGAUGUUGUUCUAAACACCACCUACUACCUGGGAACAACUUAUGUGGACGGGGAAGUGAGUGGAAAAUGCCAUCUGUAAAAUGUUCCAUCUACAAGUUUCCGAUGCUCCCCGACUACCCGGAUCGUCUGAUGGACCGCAAAUCGGUGUAUCCGAUUAAUACACUCAUCGGCACGUUGAGUGCGGAAAUGAGAAAGUCGAGUUAUGUCAGCGAUCUCGCGCCUGAAAACGUACACAAAAGCAGAGAGGACCUGUUGAAGAAUCUCUGCGAGCACAUUGGCUACGAGCUCUACCGCGAGCCCGAGGACUUUUCCCAAAAGUGCGUACAAUCCUAUUCCAACGCGUCCGCAGCCGAUUUUCUGUCCGAUGACAUGGAGUUUUACGCGGGCGCCGUCAAGAUUGCGAACGCACACGUGAGCCCGACGACCAACGUGUUUUUGUACAGGUAUGCAAGUGCGCUCCACUGAAGUUGGGCGGCUGGAAGCUUGUAAUUUUUGUAUCGUUUCAGUUACACCUACACUGGCGCCGAGAAAGCGUUCGACAAGUACCAGAUACCUCCGGUACCGUCACCACAACAUUCAGAAGACCUGGUACCAAUAUCUGCUUCUAAAAGUUCUUUACUAACAAUUUUGUAGAUCUACACAUUCGGCACACAUCGAGCAGUGAUGGCGCCCAAAGAUUACGAGAUUGAACGGAUUUACAGUGGAAUGUUCGCGAAUUUUGUCAACUUUGGAGAUCCGUCGCCUUCGGAGCAACAAAAAUGGCAGCCAUACUCUGAAAAGAAUAGGGAGUACUUUCAUAUCGGUAUGUUCACUGUACCUCUUGUUUCUUGGACAUGUUCAUUUUUCAGAUUUUGACCAGAACUUUACCAUGCCCGGGACCAACGUACAGUAUUAUCAGAGAGCUGUCGACUUCUGGAAGUACGUCAUCUUCUUAAUGGGGGUAUUCAGGCUGUGAAAAAUAAUAUUUUUUUUCCCGUUUUUUUCGUUUUUUUUACGUCAAAAAACCCAAUUCAGCGGUGUAAAAAAACGAAAAAAAAGGAAAACAAACAUACGCUGAAUAGCCCCAUAACCGCUUCAUUCUCACCAUUUUCAGUCGGCCAUCACUCGAAAAGCGGUACUCGGAACGAUGGGCGCCGUCCCUCGACAACUUUAUGAUCACCAAUCUGUUGGCGCCGAUCAACAGUCAUUUGCGACAGAAACGAACGGAUUUCGAUAAGAGUUUCGAGCAAAAUGAGCAGCUUUUCUUCGAGCGAGAACAGUUUUUGGUGCAAUUGAAGACGGAGCGAAGAAGGAGAGGGGUGUCGGUGAGGGACCAGGAGAUCAGAGCCGAAGGAGAAAUCAGUGAGCUGCCGGGGGCCAUGACGAUUAUGAGUCGACGUUUCCAGGUUAUCUCUUCUUCAUCUUCUCCGGAAUUCUUCUGUUCGUGGUCUUCCACGUGACCGUCACUCACUUCGCCAUGGACAAACAAAGAAGAAAGGAUGGAUAUGAAGUGCUCGAAUGA